AUGGCAGGUACAGAGCAGACUGACGCACCCGACUACGUGACUCUCGUCAGUAACGACGGCUUCGAGUUCCUGGUGCAAAGAAAAUCAGCCUGUCUCUCUGGCGCCAUCAAGAGGAUGCUUGACCCAAACAACGGCUUUGCUGAGUCCAAGACGCACAAAUGUGUCUUCGAAAACAUCAAUGGUAUGGUGCUGGAGAAGGUGUGCGAGUACUUCUACUACAAUGAGAAGAACCGUGACUCGACCGGUGUCGCCGACCUGGACAUUCCGCCUGAGCUCUGUCUUGAAUUGCUCAUGGCGGCUGAUUACCUGAAUGUCUGA